AUGGCGGCCAUAUACGUGUCAUCGCGGCGGUUUAGUGCAAUGGUGGUGACAAACAAAAUUAAAUACGACACCCCACGCGUACGCAUGGCGGGGUCCACGAUUGAGAUGGUAGACGAAAUAAAAAUAUUAGGACUAAUUCUGGACAAGAAAUUAACAUUCAACAGUCAUGUAAAACAUGUGUGUACGAAAGUUCUAAAUAUUUACAAACCGUUAGCCAGAUCGGCCAAAAUAAAUUGGGGACUGAGGCCGGAAAUAAUUAAGACAAUCUACGUCUCAGUAAUCGAACCAAUAGUUCUAUAUGGGGCAAGCAUUUGGGCUCCCGCGGCUCAAAAGUUGACCAUACAAAAACACCUCAACGCAAUACAAAGAGGCUUUGCUUUAAAAAUAUUAAAAGCGUACAGAACUGUGUCACUCACUGCGGCUCUCGCACUAGCGGGGCUUGUUCCUCUUGACUUGAGAGUUCAAGAAGCUGCAAGUUUAUUUAUAGCGAAACGCGGGAAGCCGCAGGGAGAGAUAGCUGAACUUGCAGUCGAAAAGAAGAAACGCUUCUUUGAUUUGCCUCAUCCAGCGUGUGAGAUAGAAAUCAAUUUUGACAAAGUCAACGACAUGGACGACCUCGUGGCCAGAAGAAACACAACAGGAGAAAUAGAAAUGUAUACAGAUGGAAGCAAAAUCGGUGGUAAGGUCGGCGCAGCCCUGACAUACUGGAAAAACGACAAAGAAAUAGGAAAGAAAAAGUUUCUCCUAGCCACGCAAUGUACAGUAUACCAGGCUGAACUCUAUGCGCUGUACCAAGCCACUGAAAUUGCUGCAAAACUAAAGGAUACAGUAAUAAAUAUAUACAGUGAUUCAAGAUCCUCACUAGAAACAAUAAGUAACAUUCACACUUACCAUCCACUAGCAUUCGAAAUUAGGAAAACCCUGACUAAAUUAAAACUGAAUAAUAAAAUUGUUAAACUCUUCUGGAUCAAGGCACACGUUGGAGUUGAGGGCAAUGAGCGAGCAGACCAACUAGCAAAAGAAGCUGCACUCACAAAAAAGACAGCCCCCGAUUACGACGCGUGCCCUACGGGCACCUCUGCCACCUGGAGAGAGUCAUGGAUAGCCUGCAAGCAGCAGAAGAAGGGCGACGGAUCUUUGUCGAGGCAGACGUCAAUGCCCACUCGCCGCUAUGGCAUAGCCCACGACGGCAUCUAG